AUGGUCCAUUUAUCGCCACUUUUAUGCGCUUUUCGCGCUCUCUAUAUAAUCUCUCUGAUCGGCUCCGUGGCCUCGUAUAUAAAACCCGCCCAGCGACCCAUUUAUGCUAUCGCACACCGGGUGCUCCGAACGGAAGGACUCCAGGCUGCCAUUUCCCACGGAGCCAACGCCCUGGAAGUCGAUCUGACAGCAUGGUACAACGGAUGGUGGGCGGACCAUGACGGGAGCAUCUUUCGCUACGGUGACCCCGCACGCAAGUUGUUCGACGAGAUUGCCCAGCAGCGGCAGCAAGGUCACGAUAUCACGUUCGUCUGGCUGGACAUCAAAGACCCGGACUACUGUAGACGAGGGGCUUGUUCGAUCGAGGCCCUGAGGGACUUGGUGCGAGAGACGCUGGAGCCGGCCGGUGUGCGAGUGCUGUAUGGCUUUUUCGAAACCGAGCAGAGUCGUGGCUAUAAAAUCAUUCGAGACUCUCUGAACUCGAAUGAAGCCAUCGCCCUCAGUGGCCGGGCGAAUGCAGUCCUGGAAUGGUACGAAAACACCGGUGCGUCCAUUCCUGUGAACCAGAGAAUCAUGGAUUAUGGCGCUACCCAGCUGAAUUACGACAUCGGAAGCUGCUAUGAGGACCGUUACUACACCUGCACGGAGCUGAAGCAAGGGAGCAAGGCGCGGGAUCAGGGCAAGUUGGGGAAGGUUUUCGGAUGGACCAGCGCAGCCGGGGACUUGAUGCUUCUACACCAUCUGUUGGAGGUUGGCGGCGAUGGGAUGAUCUAUGGUUUCGGGGCGAACGAGUACAAAGAUGACCGUCGGACCAAGUAUGCCUUUCAAGAAAUCACCUGGAUCGUUAGCAAUCACUCCGACACCCUCCGAAUGGCCACUGCCAAUGAUGCUCCCUGGUAG